GGCUUCACUUGCUCGUCUCCGCUGGACGCUGGUUGGUGGUUGCCUUCGCUCUUCAUCCUUCAACCACCAAGCCUUGGCAUCGUUCUGCCCUGCGUGUGGCGGCGGUCCCUGGAGAGGAGACAAGCCGACGUGUGGUUUCCGUUCUUGGCAUUGCUCAAUCUCCCCCCCCCCCUCCCUCUCUCUUGCUUUGUUGCUUCUUGACUUUCGUCGUCUCCCUAUCUUUCUCAUCCUUUUAUCUGUUGGUUUUGAAUUCGACGGCACGGACGACAAUGAAGAAAGCGGGUUCGUGACGCGUCAGUCACGGCCUCUCGUGUAAUCCAAAGCCCCAAACCUCUGCCACUUGCCUGCCUAGCGUUGCCGCCGUUCAUGAGAGACCAUGCAUGCACGCACGCUGCCAUUCACCGCAUGGGGAAAGAGAAGAGCCUGUCGCCGUUGCAGGUUCGCAAGUCGCAACGACGGGGCUUUGCAUUGCAGCUCGGCGCAUCAGGAGCCGGGCGCCAAGUGGCGUGCACGCCCGUCCCGUGGAGUUCAUUCGAGCACGCACAUACCAGCUAGACCUACUAGCUGACGACCGAGAUUCUUUGCGUUCUACUCUGCGCGUUCGUAGCCCCCCUGUCCCUGUGCCCCUGUUGGGCUUUACUCCUACUGCCUCGUAGCCGUAGGAGGGCAUGGCAUGCUCUGCCUGCGACUGCGCGUGGCGUGAGGAGGACACAAAAGCCGCCUGCUUUCUUGGGGGAAAAAAGGCGGGGUCGUGGUCGACUGGUCGCCAUGGGGACCCAAACCCCCAACCCACCCAACACCAUCGCUUGGAAUGCAUUGCUAGCAGCAGUAGGCAGUAGCCACUAGCAGCUACUACCACCGCUAUACCACUAGGAAAUGCGUUUGGGUUGGGGGCUUGGGUUCCGUCUUCUUCACCUGGCCUUUACUCCCCUCCCAACCUCCUCUUUGCCUGCUGCUCGCAAACAGAAACAGCUUGCUUGCCAUUUAACACGCUCGUCCUCUCUCACAGUGGCAUGCAGGCGUGGUAGAGCUCUCACUUCCCCUCAGCCACCAAUGCUAAAGUGCGCAUAAGCUGCUGGGAGCCGAUAUUGCAUCCGUCGGGAGCUUGGCACCAACAAAAGCUCGAGUUUUCCCUUUUUCAGCUUCGGUCUGGUGCGUGCGGCGCGGCGCCUCCCGGAGAUGAUGGCCUCCUCGCAGGAGAAGGCCACGUCGGGUGUCCUGAGGAACGCGGCGGCGCUGCUCGACGAAAUGCAGCUCAUGGGAGAAACGCAGGGUGCGAAGAAGGUGAUCAACUCCGAGCUGUGGCACGCGUGCGCGGGGCCGCUAGUGUGCUUGCCGCAGCGCGGGAGCCUCGUCUACUACUUCCCGCAGGGCCACAGCGAGCAGGUUGCUGCUACCACUAAAAAGAUACCGAAUUCUCGCAUCCCAAACUACCCGAGUCUCCCGCCGCAGCUGCUAUGCCAAGUCCACAACAUCACUUUGCAUGCCGACAAAGAAACUGAUGAGAUUUACUGCCAGAUGACCCUGCAACCGUUACACUCGGAAACAGACGUCUUCCCAAUUCCAACUCUUGGUGCCUAUACCAAAAGCAAGCACCCCACCGAAUACUUCUGCAAAAAUCUAACCGCGAGCGAUACAAGUACGCAUGGCGGCUUCUCAGUGCCGCGGAGAGCUGCCGAGAAGCUGUUUCCGCAACUGGAUUACUCAAUGCAGCCUCCUAAUCAGGAGCUUAUCGUCCGAGAUUUGCAUGAUAACAUGUGGACGUUCCGUCACAUUUAUCGUGGCCAGCCAAAGCGACAUCUUCUAACAACUGGAUGGAGCCUUUUUGUUGGGGCGAAACGGCUUAAAGCUGGAGACUCUGUCUUAUUUAUCAGGGAUGAGAAGUCACAGCUCCUUGUCGGUGUUAGGAGGGCCACCCGACAACAACCGGCUUUGUCUUCAUCCGUCCUGUCUACUGACAGUAUGCACAUAGGCGUUCUUGCUGCAGCAGCUCAUGCAGCAUCAAGUGGUGGCUCAUUUACUAUUUACUACAAUCCUCGGACAAGCCCGUCGCCAUUUGUGAUUCCUCUUGCGAGGUACAAUAAGGCCACGUAUCUGCAACCAUCUGUUGGAAUGAGGUUCGCGAUGAUGUUUGAGACGGAGGAGUCAAGCAAGCGCAGAUGCACAGGUGCUAUUGUGGGAAUUAGCGACUAUGACCCGAUGCGAUGGCCAAACUCAAAGUGGCGCAACUUGCAGGUAGAAUGGGAUGAACAUGGGUAUGGAGAAAGACCUGAAAGAGUUAGCAUAUGGGAUAUCGAAACUCCAGAGAACAUGGUUUUCUCUUCUCCUUUGAAUUCGAAGCGGCAAUGUCUUCCUAGCUAUGGAGUUCCGGGCCUACAAAUUGGAUCUGUAAAUAUGUCAUCAAUUCCAAGGGCACAAGGAAAUCCUAUCGGUAACUUGCAGCACAUGCCAGGGAUGGGCUCAGAAUUGGCUCUACUGCUUCUCAAUCAAUCUGGCCAGAACAUCGGAAGUCCAAUCGCUUGUCAACAAUCAUCAUUUUCCAGCAUUAUUCAAAAUGCUAAGCACAGCUAUUUCCCUCCAAAGACGUUUGGUGCUUCCACUGCUUCAAUGAAGCAAGAAAGCAUGCCUUCGACUGAAGCCCAGCCACAGUUGAAUGCUCUUGGUAUUCAGAGAAGUGAUCGAGUAAGCUGUGAAGUUCAGACAGCUAGUGAUUCAAAUCCUGCACAGGAGAUGAGUGUUAAACCAAGAGCACCAAGAAGCACAGAUUCACACUCAAGCCAAAGCAUUUCGGAUCAAAACAGCAAGGGUGAGCCUAGAACAAAAACUCGAAGGAGCAAGAAGAGCUCGUAUCAGAAAACCAUUUCAGAUAAAUCUGAGCUUUGUUCAGUACCUUCUCAGAUUUGUGACGACAAGAAGCAUGGUUCAGAGCCAAGACUGGCUGACUGUGAAGCCGAACAAGCUACCUGUGGGAAUAACGAAGAAUCAUCUGGAGCACUUACACAUGGUGAUUUUGCUGGAGAGCUCCAAGUUCAGCAGCAGGUUGAACAGCAUGAACUACUUGCGCCACCAAAGAUAGAAUCAUCAAAGUCACCUGAUGGAGGGAAGUCCGUCAGUUCGUUCCCAAACCAAGGGUGUAUCCCACAGUUCUUUGAGGGUCUGGACUGGAUGAUUCCACCUUCCUAUUACCAAGACUCCAAUGGCAUCCAAUCAGUUACCGCGUCGGAUAACAUUUUUAAUCCAUCUGAAGGUAUACCUUCCACCAUGAACGCUGAUGCCUUGGAUGCGUUUCAAACAUCUUGCCUUUCUGAGUGCUUUCCUAGCUCCAUUCAAGAGUUCAUCGGCAGUCCGGAUAUAAACACACUGGCAUUUAUGUCGCCUGAGAUGCAACAAUUGGAUGCCGGCAGCAACUUGCCGAGCACAUCCAACUCCUAUGUGCAGAUGAGUUUCUCGGAGGAGAGCCACAGCGCAUCCUUGAGUGGCCUUCACAUGGAAGCCAUCCAUAUAAACAGCUCGUCAUGCUCUCAGCCACUGGCGACGGGGAGCUUCGAUGCAGGGGCGUUCCCGAAACUGUCAAACAUAAGAGAAUGCCAACCCUUGCCUCUGCAAGAGAUCCACACCAGUUCCAUGGGAACACCUUCAUGCAGUAUGGACGCGGCGGCAGAGUACGGCACGGAUAGAAGUGCGAAGCAAAUGAAACCACCGGUCCGGACCUAUACAAAGGUUCAGAAGUUAGGAUCAGUUGGAAGAUGUAUUGACGUUACACGGUUCAGAGAUUACCAUGAGUUGAGGUCAGCCAUUGCGUGCAUGUUUGGACUCCAGGGGAAGCUGGAACAUCCUGGCAGUUCAGAUUGGAAGCUUGUUUAUGUCGACUACGAGAACGAUGUUCUUCUCGUUGGAGACGAUCCAUGGGAGGAGUUCAUCAACUGUGUGAGAUGCAUCCGGAUCUUAUCACCUUCGGAAGUACAGCAGAUGAGCGAGAACGGCGUGCAUGUCUUGAACGACUGCAUCCAAAUAGCUUAGCAAAGUCACGGCUGUAUGCUCUACAGCCUGCACAGUGUAGGCUCUUCUUGUAAAUAAAAAUAUACAGCAUGUGCGUCAAAUUCUCUGGUCGCUCUGUUUCUUUUGUAGCACGAGAAGAAACAAUUACAGAUGUCAACAUCCUGCCAAUGCCAUGUGUGUUUCUUUC